AUGUGGUCAGAGCCAUGCAAGACCAUCUUGUUGGUGGAGCUCACUGUCCCAUGGGAGAAGGGCAUGGAGGCUGCCAUCGAGCGGAAGCGUGCCACGUACGCAGACCUGGCAGAAGACUGCACGUAUCCCAUCGAAGUGGGAUGCAGGGGCUUUGUUGGGUCCUUGACGGCUCGCCUGCUCCGUGACAUGGGAUGUAUAGGAGCAGGGUGUCGAAAAGCCAUUAAAGAACUGGCAGAGGAGGCAGAGAAGGGCAGCUUUUGGCUGUGGCUAAGGAGGAAGCAUAGGGGGAAUCAAGCUGUCAUGAAAAAUAUUUCCUUCAUUCUGGAUGGAUACAGAGGAAUAUAUGACCAGAGAUAUAUUUUUGUGGCUGUGCUAUGUUUACUUUAUCCAGUCAUGAUUAUUACUAACUGUGUACUCAUUUAUAUAAUAUGUGUGGAAAGAGUGCUACAUAAGCCAAUGUACUUUUUUAUUUGCAACUUGGCGUGCAUUAAUUUAUAUGGUGGCUCUGCUGUUGCACCUUUUAUUUUGACUAAAAUUUUAAGAGAGGAUUAUCAGAUAACAUGGCUGUCUUGUCUUGUUCAAAUCUUUUCAAUUUAUACCUACGGUGGCUGUGACAUAACAAACCUGACAGUUAUGGCCUAUGAUCGCUAUAUUUCUAUAUGUUAUCCUUUACAGUAUGAAAAAAUACUCACUCCUAGAAAAGUGGUUUUAGGUAUUGUGGUUUCUUGGCUUUUGCCCUUUGUGCGAUCUACAAUCACUAUCUCAAUAACAGCAAGACUUAACAUUUGUGGUGUAACCAUUGAAAAAGUCUACUGUGAUAAUUUUUCUGUGGUAAAAUUGGCAUGCUCGGACACAGCAAGUAUUAACAUGUAUGGUGUAGUUAUGAUGUCCCUUACAGUUGUACUGGUUGUCAUUAUUUUCUAUACUUACGUAAGGAUUAUUCUUAUCUGCUUGCAGUUAUCAAAAGGAGGACGAGUUAAAUUCAGUACAUGUAUUCCACAUCUAGUAGCAUUACUAAAUUUUGUAAUCGGUAGUUCAUUUGAAUUGUUCCAAAGCCGAUUCAACAUGAGACAUGUGCCUUACACAGUGCGUGUGGUAAUCUCUUUGUUUGUGCUGAUACUGUCCCCUAUCAUAAAUCCAGUAAUGUAUGGGGUGAAAACUCAAAAAAUUAAGGAGGUCAUAACUAAAAAAGUCACAUUCAAAGUUCGAAGUUCUACUUAA